GUGUGUGUGUGUGUGUGUGUGUGUGUGUGUGUGUGUGUGUGUGUGUGUGUGUGUGUGUGUGUGUGUGUGUGUGUGUGUGUGUGUGUGUGUGUGUGUGUGUGUGUGUGUGUGUGUGUGUGUGUGUGUGUGUUAGAGAACCGAGACGCGUAAAGAUGGACUGGUGGUCUCAGUGCAAAGGUCAUCUCCAGAGGAACCACGACCUCCACCACCGUCCAGGUCAGCAUCGUGGACGAGAACGACAACGCGCCAGAGUUCCCCGAGGAGGAGUAUGUGACGGUGCUGAGCGAGGGGCCCGAGACGGUGGGGGCCACCAUCGCCACGGUGACGGCCGUCGACCCGGACGAGGGGCUCAACGGCACCCUGCGCUACGCCGUCGCCCGUGGCAACCUGGCUCAGACCUUCUCCAUCAACCAGUUCACGGGACGGAUCACUGCUUUGAAGGAACUGGACUUUGAGAUCAGCAAUGGCCACUACACACUGGUCGUCACGGCAACCGACCAGUGUCCCAUCCCCGGCCUUCGGCUGACAUCAAGCACAACGGUCCUGGUGAACGUCCUGGACGUGAACGAUCGGACCCCCACCUUCCCCAAUGCCUUCGAGGGGCCCUUCGAGGUGACCGAGGGCCAGCCGGGACCCCGGGUCUGUACCCUGAGGGCCAUCGACGAGGACUCGGGCCUCAACGGCAAAGUGGAGUACAGCAUCACGGCAGGAGACCUCCAGAGUGAGUUCAUGGUGUCCCCGGUGGAGGGGGAGCUGCGCGUGCGGAGGGACGUGGAGCUUGACCGGGAGACCACGCCCUUCUACAACCUGACCGUCACGGCCCUGGACCUGGGCACGCCCCCCCGCAGUAGCACGGUGGUAGUGGGCGUGCGUGUCCGGGACAUCAACGACAACGACCCGGUGCUGCUGAACCUGCCUCACAACACCAGCGUGAGCGAGGGCGCCGCCGUGCACACCACCGUGGCCACCGUGCGCGCCCGUGACGCCGACAGCGGCCGCAACGCCUUGCUCACCUUCAACAUCACCGCCGGCAACCAGGACGGGGCGUUCUACAUCAACGACACUACAGGUGUGGUGCAGGUGAACAGGCGUCUUGACAGAGAGCGGCUGGCUGAAUACGUGCUGACCGUCACGGUUAAGGACAACCCAGAGAACCCACGCAUCGCACGCAGGGACUCCGACCUCCUGGUGAUCACCAUUCUGGACGAGAACGACAACAGGCCUGUGUUCAGCAGGUCCAGCUACCGAGCAGAGGUCAUGGAGAACUCUGCUGCAGGAAGUACGCUCGCCGUGCUCAACGGGCCGGUGCUAGCUGAGGACAGAGACAUCGGCCCCAACGCCGUGGUCAGAUACCGCCUGCUGGGAGCCAGGCCGGCCCUCUUUAGAGUGGACGUCAACACGGGCGUGCUACACGUGGUCCAGGGGGCGCGCCUGGACCGGGAGGCGUACCUGGAGCCCCGCGUGGAGCUGACCCUGGUGGCGGAGGACGUGGGCGGGCUGAACAGCAGCGUGUCCCUCACCGUCACCAUCCUGGACCAGAAUGACAACCCGCCCAUCUUCAGCCCCUCCAGCUACAGCGUCCGGCUGCCCGAGAACAGCCCCAUCGGCGUGGUGGUCACCCAGCUCUCGGCCUCCGACGCGGACGCGGGCUCCAACGGCUGGCUGGCGUACCGCCUGGAGAGCGGCGCCCAGGACCGCUUCGUGGUGGACGCCGCGUCGGGCGCCGUGCUGGUGGGCAACGCCACGCUGGACCGCGAGGACCGCGGCUCCUACCGCCUGGUCGUCGUGGCGACGGACCGCGGCACGCCCUCGCUGUCGGGCACGGCCACGCUCACCGUGCUGCUGGACGACGUCAACGACUCGCGGCCCCGCUUCCUGGUGCCCGUGACCACCAUCAACGUCAACGAGUCCACGCCGCCGGGCGAGGUGGUCGCCACGCUCGCCGCCACCGACCCCGACACGCGGCCCCGCCUGGAGUACUACAUCAUCUCCGUGGAGGCGCGGGACGACGGGAACCAGCCCGUGGACGGGCUGCAGGAGUCCUUCGGGAUCGACUUCCACACCGGUGCGGUGUUUGUGCGGAACCCGCUGAACAGAGAGCAGGUGGCCACCUUUGAGAUCAUCGUGUCGGUCCACGACAACGCCAGCGAUGUGAUCGACCAGUCCGUCAGUGUGCCCAACGCGAGGCUGACCGUCAACGUGCUGGACGUCAACGACAACGUGCCCCGCUUCCGGCCGUUCGGCGUGACCAACUUCACGGAGAAGAUCCUGGAGGGGGCCCAGCCGGGCACCACACUGCUGUCGGUGUCGGCCGUGGACCCCGACAGGGGCCCCAACGGACAGGUCAUCUACCAGCUGCUGGACCUCCCCCGGGGGGGCUACCUGAGGCUGGAGGACUCCUCCAUCGGCAAGAUCGUGGCCAACCGCACGGUGGACUUCGAGCAGGUCCAGUGGCUGAACUUCACCAUCCGGGCGCAGGACCACGGCAGCCCCCCCCGCAUCGCCGAGCUGCCCGUCUUCAUGCGCAUCGUGGACGUCAACGACAACAAUCCUGUCUUCACCCAGCCCUCCUAUCAGAGGCCGCUGUACGAGGACAUCGAUCUGGGCACCAUCGUCAUACGGGUCAGCGCCACCGACGCAGACUCCGGCCUCUUCGCCGUCAUCGAGUACAGCCUGGUGGACGGCGAGGGCAAGUUCGGGAUCAGACCCAGCUCUGGAGACAUCUACAUCCUGUCUCCGCUGGACCGAGAGAGCAAGGACCACUACACCCUGACGGCCGUCGCCAGGGACAACCCCGGGGGCAGCCCCAACAACCGCCGCGAGAACUCAGUGCAGGUCCUGGUGACGGUGCUGGACGUCAACGACUACCGGCCGCGCUUCGCCCGGCGCGCCUUCAACACCAGCGUGUUCGAGAACGAGCCCAGCGGCACCUCCAUCAUCACGCUGUCCGCCACCGACCUGGACGAGGGCGAGAACGGCCUGCUCACCUACAGCAUGCAGGGGGCUGGCGCAGGGGUGUUCUCCCUGGACGUGGACACCGGGCUGGUGCGGUCCCGCCGGCUGCUGCAGUCCUCGGAGCGCUUCAACCUGACGGUGACGGCCACCGACAAGGGCAGCCCUGCCCUGAGUGGCCACGCCUUCCUGCUCAUCACCAUCAUCGACGUCAACGACAACCGGCCCGUCUUCAUCUGGCCCACCAACGGGACCACUGUCAAGAUCUAUGAGGAGAGGCCCGCAGGCCUGGAGGUGUGCUCGGUGCUGGCCACGGACGUGGACGAGGGCGUGAACGGCGAGGUGCGCUACGCCUUCCUGCAGACGGGCGCCGGCAACCGGGACUGGGAGAACUUCCACAUCAACGCGCUCACCGGAGCCAUCACCACCGCCGUCAGGCUGGACCGCGAGAAGCAGAGCCAGCACGGCCUGAUCCUGGUGGCCUACGACCUGGGCCAGCCCGUGCCCUACGAGACCACACAGCCCCUGCAAGUGGUGCUGCUGGACAUCGACGACAAUGAGCCCGUCUUCCUCAAACCACCGCGGGGCAGCCUGCCCUACCAGGUCCUGACUGUUCCAGAGCACUCUGACCCUGGGACCAUGGUGGGCAACGUGACCGGAGCAGUGGACGCAGACGAGGGCUCCAACGCUGUGGUAUACUACUUCAUCGCAGGAGGGAGCGGCGAGGGUAACUUUGAGCUGAACAUAUCAGGAGUGCUCAGUGUGAGGAGGGACCUGGACCGGGAGGAGAAGCCUGUGUACACCAUCAUCGUCAAGGCCUCCAGCAACCGGAGCUGGACCCCCGUCCGGGCGCAGAGGGCCUCCUGGGCCCGGGCGCUGGACCCCGGUCGGGACCCCACCCUGCAGGAGGUCAACAUCUACCUGGAGGAUAUCAACGACCAGUCGCCUCGCUUCGUCAAGAAGGAGUACACGGCCGGCGUGGCGGCGGAUGCUAAGGUGGGCUCAGAGCUGAUCAGGGUGAUGGCGGUGGACAACGACAUCGGCAACAACAGCGUGGUGCGCUACCACAUCGUCACCAUCCAGUACAUCCGGCUGCAGUCCAACGACACCGAGGAUAUGGGAGACAUCUUCAUCAUAGACAACACAGGCGUUAUCCGAACCUACGACCUGUUCAGGGCGUACGACCCCGGCUAUUUCCAGCUGGAGGUGCUGGCCUGUGACGAGGCGGGCAACAGCGACAUGGCCGUCGUGGGCAUCUACAUCCUGCGGGACGACCAGCGCGUCAAGAUCAUGAUCAACGACAUCCCCGAGAAUGUGCGCCUCUUCCAAGACGAGUUCAUCAAGCUGCUGUCCAACAUCACCGGCGCCAUCGUCAACACCGAUGAUGUGCAGUUCCAUGUGAACAAGAACGGCGUGGUGAACUUUUCCCAGACGGACGUGCUGAUCCACGUGGUGAACAAGCAUACCAACCGCAUCCUCGACGUGGAAAGGGUCAUCCAGAUGAUCGACGAGAACAAGGAGCAGCUCAGGAACCUGUUCAGGACCCACAACGUCUUGGACGUCCAGCCUGCUGUCAGCGGGAAGGCGCCGGACGACUUCUCAACGCUGCAGCUGGUCAUCAUUAUCCUGGCUGUCCUGCUGUGCUUGGUGGGCGUUCUGUUCGCCACCAUGAGCUGGCACUUCCGGACUGUGCACAAGAGGAAGCUCAAAGCCAUAGUGGCUGGCUCUACAGGGAACCAGGGUCUUAUGGACGUCCUGGAUAUGCCCAACACAAACAAGUACUCUUUUGAGGGGGCGAACCCGGUCUGGCUGGACCCCUUCUGCCGCAACCUGGAGCUGGCAGCCCAGGCGGACCACGAGGACGACCUGCCGGGGGACCUGAGCGAGAUCAGCGACCUGUGGAACAGCCCCGCCCGCACACACGGUACCUUUGGCCGGGAGCCCCAGGCCAAGCCAGAAGACGACCACUACCUGCGGGCGGCGAUCCAGGAGUACGACAACAUCGCUAAGCUGGGACACAUCAUGAGGGACGGGCCCAUCAAGGGCUCCCUGCUCAAGGUGGUUCUGGACGACUACCUGAGGUUGAAGGGGCUCUUUGCAGCCCGACUGGUCACUAAAUCCACCAGCCAGGGAGACCACUCGUCGGUCACGGAGCUGAUCCAGAGCGACCUGGACGAGGAGGACGAGGACCGCCUGAGCUCCGGUGGCGGCGGGCGCGGCACGCUGCGCUUCAAGCACAAGCUCCCGCUCGAGAUGCGGGGUCCCGAGGGCGUGCACGUGGUGCACGGCAGCACGGGCACGCUGCUGACCUCGGACCACAACAGCCUGCCCGAGGACGACCAGCGGGCGCUGGCGCGCUCCCUGGAGGCGCUGAACGCCGACAGCGACGGCGGCUCGCCGUACGCCGAGCGCAACGCCCGCACCGAGUCGGCCAAGUCCACGCCGCUGCACCGCAACAAGGGCGCCCACCCCCUGUCCGGCAGCCCCCUGGAGGUCACCGAGUUAUGACUAGCCGAGGCCUCGCUGGUCUGAGAGCCCCGCCGUGUGUUUGUGUCCUUGAGGGAAGGCCCACCCAGUAACCCCACCCACCCACUCAGCCCUCACCCCUGUUCCGGCCCACACAGGGCGUCCAUCGUGGGAGGGGUGGGAGUCGUUUAGAAAGCGUUGGAUGAAAAGCAGAUGAGACGGACCUCCCUGGGUAC